AUGUCCCAGAACGAUCGUGCACUCUUCCUUCGGAGCCUUCAUAAGAAAGGCGACCCACUGGUUCUCUGCAAUGUCUAUGAUGGUCGAACAGCAGACAUUGUCCUUAGUCACAAGGGGAGCAACGGUGAACAUUCAGCAAAGGCUUUGGCAACCAGCAGUUUCGCCGUGGCAGCAGUACACGGGAAGCCAGACGAAGAACUUGAACCAGAGAUGCUUGCCAUGGCGGCCAAAGAUAUUGUUGGUGUCAUUAACCGUCACAUAUCAGCCAGAGACAAUAAAGACCCCAUCCCACUUUCCGUCGACAUGCGUGACGGAUGGGGAGACAGACUCGAGGAGACAAUCACAUCACUCAUUGAAGCUGGUGUGGUAGGAUGCAACCUCGAGGAUGAAGAUAAUGAAACGGGAAAGUGCAUGCCUUUAGCUCAAGCCGUGGACCGUGUUAAAAGAGUCAUGGCUAAGGCAGCCGAGCUUGGUGUCCCUGAUUUCGUCAUUAAUGCGCGAACGGAUGUCUUGGGGCACGGUGGGACAAUAGAAGAAGCUAUCUCAAGGGGCAAGGCCUUCCUGGAGGCCGGUGCGUUUUGUGUCUUCGUCUGGGGUGGUAAUCAUGGGCGUGGAGUGUCAAAGGAGGAAGGGCAGAUGUGUGUUGAUGCAUUCGAUGGACUUUGGAAUGCGAGAUUGAAGACCGGGCCAGGUUAUUUGACCGUGAAAGAGUUGACUGAUAUGGGAGUUAGAAGGGUCAGCUUGGGAAAGGAGUUGGGUGAUAUCGCGAUGGAUGCGUAUCGUGCUGCCAUGGAGAAGGUUUUGGCUUGA